CAUGUCGUAAGAGGAGACUGACGGGAGCGGACGAUGAUGCUUGCUGAUGAUGCUACGUUUACGUAUGUCAUCGAAUCCCAAAUUGUGACGAGACCCAGUUUUCCUCUACCCCAGCUGUACCCUUGGUGCAGCAUCAUGAGCGAGUUGCCUCGAGCUUCCCCAUCUCCGGCGGUCUCUGAUGGUUUAACAUCCAAACAAACUGAUCCUUCUGGUCAACAUGCUAAGUCACAGUGCAUGAGCAACUACAAGCCAAGCGUAAAGGCCAUGGACUCGAACAUCACACUGUGGCAGUUCCUCCUGGAGCUGUUGGUCAACCAGCAGCACCACCAGAUCAUCCAGUGGACCAACAACGACGGCGAGUUCAAACUCAUCAACGCAGAAGAAGUGGCAAGGCUGUGGGGACUGAGGAAAAACAAACACAAUAUGAAUUACGACAAACUGAGCAGAGCUCUGAGAUACUACUAUGACAAGAACAUCAUCAAGAAGGUCAUGGGCCAGAAAUUUGUGUACAAGUUUGUGUCCUUCCCCGAAAUUGUCAAAACAGAGAACAAGAUUCCCUUCAAGGUCAAGAUGGAGUCUCUAGCUCAUGAAUAUGGACAAAGAGUUAUGCCUCAUUUCGCCUCCUACAAUGCCCAGGACAUCAAGUCUUCGGCAAUACAAGCUUCAGCCUGGAGCAUCCCAGCCGCUCACCAGAGUGAAAGGGACAGAGAGAGGGAACGAGAAAGAGAAAGGGAGAGAGACCGGGAGCACGAGCGACUGCAGGAGAGAGAGAAACGAGAGAGAGAUCGCGAAAGGGACAGAGAAUCUGAAACAGCGGUCAAACAUCUAACAGAGCCGAAGCUGGAACUGAUCCACUCCUCAUGCUCGUCCUCAUCAUCUUCAUCAUCGAAAUCUCGCUCCUCCUCCUCCUCAUCUUCUUCAUCUGUCAGUAAGCCAAAGCCCUGUCCCAUCAGCCUAAGCCUGACUCCCGUGGGGGCGUCCACCACUCUAACCCCAGCGACGACAGUUCCCAUCACCAGCCCGUCUGCCAAGUCCCUAGCCUCGGCCUUCCCAGGAAUCCACACCCUGCUCCUCACGAGUCCAAUGGGCAUGCCCCGGACUCCUCAGCUCCUUCAUUUCUGGAGCUCGUUGAGUCCUGUAGCAACUCUCAGCCCCCGCGUUAGCGCAGGCGCCGCCACCGCCUUUCAGUUCCCCAGCUACAUCAACGGGCACAUCCCCUUCUCCCCUGUCACACUCAGCAGCAUCGGCGGUGGCCUUGAGAACCUUUCUACUCCCGGUCUUGUCACAUCCCCUAGGACAAUUCCUGUGUUAUGAAAUGUGUAAAUACCGUGCUGGAAUACUUCAUAUUGUCACUGUGGCGAGAGAGUGUUGGAUCCGUAUGUGUGUGGAUGGUGACUAUAUGCAUAACGCAACUCGUGAACGCAUAAACGUGUCUUUUCAAGUGCAUAAAUGAACGUUGUUAAAAACUUGUGCAUCACCCCUCUUUAAGUGCAUAUUAACUCAUUAAGACUGAACGCAUUGAAGUGCUAUGGGGCCAUGUAUAUAUAUGCCCAUUUUGUUAAGUCCUUUUUGAAUGAUCGGUUUAUAUCUAUACUAUGACGUAAUCAUGCUAACAUGAUGACGUAGUUCUGCAGAACUGAUGACGUAGUGCUGCAGAACUAAUGACAGUGCUACGGAACUGAUUAUGUAGUACUUCAAACUGAUGACGUGGUGCUGCGGACCUGAAAUAAGGUAGUACUGCAAAACUGAUGACGUAGUGCUGCGAACUUGAUGACGAAGUCAUUGAAUGUGAUGACGUGUUAUGUAUCUUAUGACGUAGUCUACGUUUCUCAUGGCGUACUCGUGUGAGACCAGGUCAUGUGUUACUGUGAUUCCGGUGACGACGCAAAUGUGAACAGUAGUUUGAGAAUGACCCGGACAAAAAUAUAUUGUUCAGUGGUGAAGACUGUUUUAACGUGCACCGCUGGUGUCAGAAGUAUCGCUGUAUAUAUAUAUUUCUCUCUUCGCAACUAUAACUUGCUUGCAGAUUAAUACCGAUUGUGUGUAUAGCAUUACAGGAGUCGACUAUUCCCAUGAGGAAGCGCAUUAAUAAUCCUCUCACGAGGAAGAUAGUUCUGACCUGCCACCGAAUAGACGAUGUCACGGCGACCCAGGCAAUAGCCCGAGAUACCCGGAUGCAAGUUAUUUAUCUCUGAUGAUUUUUACGUCCGUUUAUGCGGAUUACUACACUUGACCUUUAUCAUAAAUAUUGUGAUAAUAAAUGUAUUUUGUGUAA